AUGCCUUCGCUCCUCCAUCGCCCCCUCCUCGUCCACAGCUCCCUCCCUGGCUUCCGCCCGGUGACAAUGGCGGCGCUACCCAGGGGUCUGAAACGAGUCGCGGUCAUCGGGGCUGGCCCCGCAGGUCUCGCGUCCGCCAAAUACCUCCUCGAGGCAGGCCUUCAACCCACUCUGUUUGAGAAGGCCGGUUCUAUCGGCGGACUGUGGAGGCAGGGCAUUCCAAGCGAGGGUGGCGAGGCAAUUGAAGAAGAAUCUUGUUCGAAACCAGCCGCCAGGGCAUCAGAUGGAGCGCCUGCGUGCUGGGCAGGCAUGAUGACAAACCUAUCGCGCUUCACCUGCAGUUUCUCCGACCAUCCGUGGGCCGACGAUGCGCCGCUCUUCCCGUCGCAAGCUCAAGUGCUCGCCUACUUGAAGUCCUACGCCCACCGGUUCCUCAUUCCGCCGGAAUCAAACUCAUUAGCAGCCUCAAGCUCGCUGCGCCUGAACGCGCGUGUCUCCCGCGUCGCGUUGCUGGACGACGGAAAGUGGAGUGUCCAGGUGGAUCAAGACGGCCGGCAGCAAAACCCAGAGGUGUUCGAUUCCCUGGUAGUCGCGUCGGGGUUCUUCGAAAAGGCGCACAUCCCUAACAUGCCAGGGGCUGAUGCAGCAGCAGCAGCGGGAGUCCUGAUCCACAGCGCCGACUACAGGAGUAGCGGGGAAGAAGCCGACCCCUCGGACCCAGCCUCGCCCUUCCUACCGCUCGACUUGUGCUUCUAUCGACGGGCCUCGCGACCUUCGCCGUCUCUCGUCACGUUGCGCAGUGAGGAGGCGCGGUGUGCUGCCAACAAGUACAUGCGCGCUCUGUGCGGUGAUCAGGGUAAGCUCCUGUGCCCGGAGCUGGGCGUGAGUAGCAGCGACAGCGAGCACCCGUUCGUUGCCAUCGCAGACAGGUACGGGCCGAUGGUGCAGCAGGGGCUCAUCCGCGUGCUGCCCGGCAGAGUGCAGGGCGUGUCGCUGCACCCGCAUUCCCACAGCACAGCUGCACAGGCCUCUGUGACUCUCCAAGGCACGGAUGAGCGCAUCGACGGUGUGGAUGCAGUCAUCUGCUGCACUGGUUACAGCCCCGCUCUGCGCUUCCUCCCAAAUGAUCUGAAACAGCAGAUCGGCUUCGACUCGUCGGACCUCUUCUCGCCGCUGCUGCUGCACCGCUGCACCUUCCACCCGUCGCUCCCCAGCGCCGCCAUGGUGGGCAUGUACCGCGGGCCCUACUUUGGCGCCAUGGAGCUCCAGGCUCGCUGGGCCGCAGCCACGCUGUCCGGCGCCCUCCCGCCCGUUCCAACCAGCACCCUACAGGAGGGCAUCGAGGAGGCGAGGGAAGUGCGGGAGCAGCAGCCGAGACCGCAGUUCCCUGUGUGGGACUAUGUGGGCAUGUGCAACUCGCUCUCUGAGGCGCUCGGGUGCGCGCUGCCCACAGACCCCGAGUGGAUGAGAGCACACGACAUGGUCGUACCCGCACACUACUGCACCCUCACCAGUGCACCGUCUGUCGCUGCCGCUGAGGUUGCCAUGGCGCAGUUGACGCGUGCUUGUGGCGAGCUGGAGGGUGGGAGCGCAGUGGCAGGCGCGGUGUUCCGGGGCCUGGCGGGGACGUGGCGGUUGGAGCGCGAGAUUCGGAGUGUGCAUGAGGGCCUGCCGUCGGGCACCAUGCAAGGGACAGCCACGUUUACUUUGCGGCCGGGGGGAGGAGAGUACCUGUACCGUGAGGAGGGGGAGUUUGUGAUGGCAGGCAGCGCAGGGGGCAAGGGGAACAAGGUGUGGCGCGAGUAUGUGUGGGUGUGCGAGGGGCCCGAGGAUGGAAUCGCCGUCCACUUUGCCGACAAGUCGCAGCGCACCUACCUCUUCCACCACCUGAGCUUCUUUCCGGACCCUUCUGGGUCAGGUUCUGCUUCUGACAGGAAUGAGGACCUUGAGAGUGCUGAUUUCGUGGAGAAGGCGCUGCCCCGGGCGUGGCGUGCGGUGGGGGAGCACCUGUGUGUGACGGACCUGUACAAAGUGGCGUACCGGUUUGCCUUCCAAGGCGUUCACCUGGAGAGGUUCAGCAUUGAGUACCUUGUGCGCGGGCCCCACAAGGACUACGUCUCCUCUGCGCUGUUCACUCGCCCUGCCUAA